CUCGUUUAACCUAAUUUGGAAAGUCGUUCGCGGAAUCAAAAUUACCUCGGUGGAAGUCACUUUGUUCCUACGUACGCGAGGAUGUGAAGUGUCCCUCCCAGGUCCUGAGAAAUUGUAGGACAGGAAAUUGUAUUGCCAAUGUGCGCUACGCGUUCUCGUCAACCUUACGGUGGCGUACAUCGUAAUUCUGAGAGGGACCAUCCACAUCCCGCGGUACAUCCGGCUCCUCAUCCCGUCCCUUGCCCUUUCUACCCACCUUCCGCGUAUCCACGUUGCCCUUCGUACGAUACCUACGCGGCAUAUCACACAUAUCCGAGCUCAUUUUAUCCACCGCCCUAUUUCGUUCACGACGUCAAUAAGGAAGAGCCUGCGGUUUGGUCUUGGUCUACCGUUGUUAUCCUCUUUCUUCUUGCGAUCGGUUUGCUCGUGAUUGUUUACCGUAGUUUCUCUCGCGAGUCUCGCCGAAAGAUCACUGCUUGGCUGCGCUCGCCCAGGCUCGCUUCACAGACCGCGAAGACACAAGACGCGGCUCAGAAUCCCGCGGAAUUUCUCCAGUGUACCGAGCGGAACGGAGAUCACAGUCCUUCGUGCGUGGACCCCGGCGAAUCCUCCUCAUUAACAGAUACGAUCGAGCUUGAUCAGAAGGAUACGCAUGGCCCGUUCGGCGCAAGCCGCGGGUCUGUUCGCGUGGGUAGGAUGGCCCUUCCUGAACUUCCUGCUGAUUGCGGGAUGGAUCGCUUAUCUAGUACAUAAAUCGUAUGAAAGAUGGACGUCAUCAAGGUAAUGUCUCGUGAACGGCAACCGACUACGCGGAUUCCUGGUUCGCAGAAAAAAAAAAUUCAUGGCUCGA